AUGAACAAGCCAGACAAAAAGUUCACCCUGAAGCUAUUUAAAAUUAAAAAUGGCAACAUCAACCUGCUGAAGAACAGAAUAACGCACUUUAGCAUCCAUAACAAAUGUAUUCACAUGGUCCUGUGCAACAACAGCUUAAUAAAAUAUUAUUUGGAGAAAAAUGAACUCUCGCAUGUAGACUUUUACAAUAAAAAAACAACAAACAGUAAAGCAGAAAUUCGGUCCAUGUUUUUUGACAACAAAUGCUACCAUGGACUUAUAUGUCUAGCGAACAAGGAAUAUAUUUAUGUCCACUUUGAACAUAACAUUGUCCUAAAUUUGGCCAAGUUAAAAAAAUAUAAUAUCUCAAUUAAAAAUACUACUGCACCCCUUUUGGUGGCAACCAAAGAUGGGGAAAUACUCGAAAUGAGCAUAAAUAACAAAACCAAGAGUAGCAGAGAGCAUGAAGUGAUUUUUUCCAAUAGCCAACUUUCCAUUUUGGAUAUAACCAUGAUUAACUUGGAUAUUUCAAACCAGCCCAGCUUUACAAAGCAUACGAAUGAUGAUAAUAUGCUAAGUAUUAUCUACUUCACCACAUGCAACAGCUUACACGAAAUUAGCUAUACCUAUAAAAGCACCAGUGUGAACAACCCCAGCGAGAGGAGCGAACUGUAUGCCCAGGAAACGAGAAUAAAAACGAACACAGAAAAUACGAAUACGAACGAAGCAGGGGACGAAACGAAGGUGUACGAAUGCUGCAUAGACUCCUUGACGUCUAUCUUGAAAAUUGAAAAUAUCCGAAAUAGGAACUACCUAUUCUGGCUCAACGGCUGUUGUAUAUUUAUCAGCAAAAUUAACAACUCCAAGGGGGCGAAACCGUCCACCCAUGCGAACUAUGCGAACCGUGCUGACCGUGCUGACCGUGCGAAGGGUGAGAAAAGUGCGAAAAAUGACUGCUCCAGUGGAUCAAAGUGGAACAUAAACCAGGAUGGCAACAACUUGGAGGAGCCCGCCUUCCUGUCCUAUUCCUCCCAGUCGGACACUUCAAUCGAUGGGAUAAACCUUGCAUCUUUUAGUGAGGAAGAAGGAGAGGAGAAGGACGCAGGGAAGAGGUACAAGCGGGCAGUUCACAAAUCGAGUGAUUCCCCAAAUCGGAAAAAAAAUUCACAAACGAAAGGGGCGUACAGAAGUAACCACCAUUAUAGAAAAAUAUCGGAACCGGAGGAACAGAGUAAGACUAAACAGAUGAACAAAAAAAACAAGCUCAUGAGUAAGUGGUACCUAGAUAGUAACUAUGUCAUUGUGAACUUCCUUGACUUAAACAUAUUGACAAGCGAAAAUGCAAACAAUUUUGCAUUUACCAAAUCGUUUUACGAAUCAUUGUAUUGCCAAAAAGGGAACACAAACGUAUCGGCUAGCCAUAUCGAAGAUCUUCCUACAGAGCAACAAGGAACAGAACCCGUUUUGACAACCCGAGAACCAAAAAUUUAUGAAAACACAGUCUCGGCUGUCGUAGAUAUGUGCGUAAGUGAAUUUUACAUAUUUCUUCUGUUGGAAGAAAAACUAAUCAUUGUGAACAGUUGCAACCUUAAGAAGGUAUUCGAGCAAACCCUAGCCAUCGAAACGUAUGGAGACGUCAUACGCAUAAUGAAGGACAACUCCGAUGACCAAGUGUGGCUCUGCACAUCCAAGUAUAUCUUCAAAAUUGUCGUAAGUAAGAAAAAGGAAGAAGGAUUUGACCUUAAUGAGUAUACACAACCAAACGAUUGCGAUACCGAGUAUGCUAAUUUGAAGCCGAAUCUGAAAAAAAAAAAUUUCCAAAAUCCUGGAGUCCUGUACAAACUCUGAAUGCUAAUUUCUUUUUUACAUAAAAGGCAGUACUUUCUUUUGGCGUCCCAUCUGUACAAUAACAUUCACUACUAUAACAACGUCGUUAAAAUCGUGUUCUUCAUAUGGCUCAUCCAGCUGUACUCCUACUCCCUCGAUCUAUACAUGCACCUGUACCUCAUCACGCGUUGCUCCUUCCCUCGGCGGCAGCUCCAAAAUGGAGCCAACGUGGGAAGGCCCCCAGAUUCUCAUCCAUCAAGUGGAAAUUCUGAUCAGCUAAGUGGAACUUCCGAUCAACCAUGUGGAACGGAUUCCAAAUGCGCCGCCCAACUGGGCCCCUCCGAUGAAGCGGAAUCGGACGCAACUCCCCACCCUAGGGGUCGGCCCAGUGACCACUCGGAAGUAGCCACCGAUUCAAGUCAUGACGAACUGAGCGGAAAGGACAGCCAGUCGGUCUGUCAAACGGAAGCGGGUAAAGCUGACAAAGCUAAGAAGGCGAACAAGGCGAACGAGGCGAACGAGGUGAACAAAGCGAACAAAACGAACAAAACGAACAAAACGAAGCGGAAGGAAAAGACCCAUUCGAAAGAAGCCGGGGCGCGCGCAAGCACAGCGGGAGGUGAAGACGUGAUCGCAAAAGAGGCAAAGUUGAACAAUACCAAAGGGGGCAACACCAACAUUGGUAACGACCAACACACGGACAACGAUGAAAAGCAGAAGAAAGGAACAACGAAUGUGCAUAAGAGCAACGUAGAGAGUGCAAUAAAAAAUGACAAGUACCUGAGAAGCGGUAAAAAAUCCUUCAUUCGUUUCUUCCAGAAGAUGAUAGAGAAGGACGAAAGGAAUGAUCAAAAAUACAGUUUCGACUUUUCGAAGGGAAAGAAAAUGAAUAUCAAAACGCUAACCGAGAGCGACAAUUUUUACGUCUUGCUGAAAAUAUACAAAAUGAAGAAUGUGGAAAUUUUCAAUUUUUUGAAAGCUCAGAAGGGGCUUAUUUUGGAUGACAUGGAGAGGUACAGAAGGGUCUUCGUGGAGGGAGAGGCACAUCUCGCAGGGAAAGCAGGGCGGACGAAGCAAAGGGGGACAUCCCCCACAUCGCCACUGACCUCGGAAGAGGAGCUAUCCAUGGACGAGGUGCAAACCGCGACCACGCCGAAAAACUUAACCACACAGCCAAGCUCAACUACGCCGCCAACCUCGACGGCGGAUCGCGCGAAGAGAAAACUGUACAGAGACAUCUACGCGUACAAAUGCCUCGAAGCGAGCGUGUAUAUGAUCAUCCUGCUGAAGCAUUUCAAAACGUUCUUCCAGCUGAAUGAUGUUAUUGCGCAGAUUCUGGAGAGUUUCAACAAAACAAAUUUUGUCCUUCUCUUUAAAUUCAUGUGUAACGAUUACAAUUACAUAAUCAACUACUACAUCAACAGCAAUAAGUUCACUGCCCUUUUUAACGUCAUUGUUCUAUUCCCUCAGAAUGUGCUCUUGGACGUGUUAAAGAAUUACGCCUUCAUUUUGUACCUGCACAAACCACAGAAAUAUGUGGAUAUGCUAAUUUUCUACGACAACUUGAUUGACGAUUAUGCGGACGUUAUUGUGUGCAUGUUUGUCAUAAUUUAUUUUUUUAAAGGCAGGGAGGCGCCCAAGAGUGGGGACAUGAGCGAUGAGAAGAAGAGCGGUGGGGAGCUUCAUGACAACGAUGGUGAUGGGGACCACCGAGAUGAUCACCCAGAUGAUCACCCUGAUGAUCACCGCCAAAACCACCGAGGCGGUGAUCCCACUGCCCAGAAGCACACAGAUGAAUGCAUCCGGUUCUUGGAAUACAUUGCGAACAAAAUAAUCGAAGAAAACACGUUGACAGAAAGGGAAAAUUAUAUGUACACAUUCGAAUGCACAUGGAAAAAAAACCACGUCAUAAAUUGCUUACUUAUUUUGUACAUCGAAAAAAAAGAGGAUGAAAAGAUAAAAAUUUUCUUAAACAGAUUAAAAUCGUCGGGCAUUCAUUUUGACUAUCUAUUUAUUAUACGCUUUUUGAAGGAAAAAAAAAAGAAAAUUUCAUUCCCCAUUUUUAUAUAAGAUAUACUUCCAUACAUUAAUGAAAACACAAUUAUUGAUUACUUAAAGAAGGAUAUUUGUUCCUUGCUAGGAAUUUACCAUUUAAAAAUACAGGCCAAAAAAGAAGAAAUUAAAGAAAACUUACAAACCAUUGAUCUGCUCAAUGGGGACCUCAACAACUUGAGAAAAAAAUAUCUUCUUCUGGACAAAAAUGACAUUUGCUAUAUAUGCAAGAAGACAAUUUUUUACAAAAAGUUUUAUGUUUUUUCGUGCAAGCAUUAUUUCCACAGCACUUGUGCUUUGAACAUUUACUUGAACUCCAAGCCGAAAGACGAACUCUUCCAGUUUUUCUGUACGCUUCAUAAUUACAAGAAUGCGCUUAUCAACAGGAAUGAGAAGGACAUGCUCACGUAUGAGACGAAGAUCGAUGAUAUCCUGACGGAGGAGUGCUUCCUCUGUGGCUCCAUUUCGAUCAGCUCCAUUUCGCAGCACUUCAUUUCGCAGAGCGAGGGCGACUUGGUGGACAGCUGGGCCAUAUCGAAGGAGUAG